CUAGGCUGGGUCCCACCAACCUUAAAAAACAGAUAAAAAACAUAAAAUUUUAUGCACCAUUUGGACAAGAAAGAGAUCGGCGAGAGAAUAAAAGAGAGCUUUUCAAGACUCCAUUUUUUGUCUCUUCUUUUACUGAAAUUCUCAGCUUUGAAUCGGAGCAUGGCAGAGGGCACCCUUGAAGUUGUUCUUGUCGGCGCCAAAGGCCUCGAGAGCACCGAUUUCUUAUCUGGCGGUGAUCCUUAUGCCAUUCUCUCAUGCCGAACACAGGAGAAGAAAAGCAGUGUUGCAUCAGGUCAGGGAGCUUGUCCCGAGUGGAAUGAGACUUUUUUGUUCUCCAUAUCUGGCAGUGUUGAUGAACUGAAAAUCAAAUUGAUGGACAAAGACACUUUCACAGCAGACGACAUUGUAGGAGAAGCAACAAUCCCGCUGGAAACUGUUUUUGCUGAAGGAAGUGUUCCAACAAUGGCUUACAAUGUUGUAAAGGAUGAGAAUUACUGUGGAGAGGUUAGAGUUGGCCUCAAGUUCACUCACCAGAGGAGCAGGGGAUUUAGUGUUGAAGAUGAGAACAUUGGAGGAUGGAGACAAUCUUCUUUGGAGUAAUUGGAGUUAGUUUUACAUUUUCUAAGGUUCUUUUCAUGGCCAAUAAAAUGUGCUUGUUGUGACUACAUUUCGUUGCAACUGCCGUCUUCUUUUAAUGAUUUUGUCAUAACCUUUGUAUUUCAGUUUUCUUGUUUUGUACCUUUCGACUUUCAGACUUGGUUCGUCCGGUUUGGACAUUUUUCAUGUUCUUGGAUUUUAAACUGAGAUUUCUAUUUGCUUAAAAUUGUCAGUAUUGUUUGGUUUUCAUUUAACUGCAGGAUGAACUUGAUUGACAGCUUGUCAUAAACAAAGUAGCAAAAACAGUUCAUAUGAUUACACAUGGGAAAAUCUUAAUCUUAUCACAGGCCAUAAGCAAGUUGUAGUUUAUAGACACAUGUAAAAAUUCUUUUAUCACUCUUGCUGCACAAUAGGCUAAGGUUAGACCAAAUUAAGAUGGCAUUACCCAG